AUGUCACCUCGUAUUGCUAUCAUUGGUGCCGGCCCUGGUGGUCUUGCGCUCGCUUGUAUUUUGCGCAAGGGCUCUAUCAUACCAUCUGUAUUCGAACGCGACCCCUCUUCCAAUUACCGGUCGCAGGGAGGAACCCUCGACCUUGACGUUCAUUCAGGCCAGCAAGCUCUGCACGACGCUGGCUUGUGGGAUCAAUUCCUGAAAUACGCUCGCUAUGAUGCUCAGAUAAUGAAGUUUCUCACAAAAAACGGGGAUAUUAUACAUCAAAUCGGACCAGAUACAGGCGAAGAUACACGCCCUGAGAUCGAUCGAACUGCUUUGCGCAACAUAUUCCUCGAUUCGUUUGGCACUGAAAAUAUUAACUGGGGCCACGAGCUUGUUUCUGUAGAGAAAAAUCAAGACUCCCGCUACGACUUAUAUUUCAAGAACAGCAAGUUAAAAUCAGGAUUUGAUCUUGUUGUUGGAGCGGAUGGCGCUCACUCCCGAGUUCGCCCUCGUAUCACCUCUGUUGCACCCUUUUAUUCUGGAGUCUCUAUCAUAGAAUUCGACAUUUCGGACCCCAAAGGCUAUCGUUAUGACGCUAUGAACGACUUAGUCGGCAAUGGGAGCGCGUUCGCAUUCGGUGACCAAAAGUGCCUUCAAGCGCAGAGACUCGGCGACGGAACGCUCCGCAUAUAUGUCGGUUUUGCGAUGGAGGAGGUAGAUCCCGACUGGUUGAAGAACAAUUUUGACCUAGAAAACCCGGCUCUAACCAAGUCAAAAGCUGUGCCUUACUUCAAGGACUGGAAACCGGUCAUACAGGAUUUCUUGAUAUUAGCUGACGAAAAUCACACUGAAUUCCGACCAUUGUAUAUGCACCCUGUCGAAGAGACGUGGGAGCACUUUCCCGGAUUGACUCUCGUUGGUGAUGCCGCACACUUGAUGACCCCAUAUGCAGGCGAGGGUGUUAACAUCGCUAUGAGAGAUAGCCUUGAGCUCGCAAAGAAAAUCAUCGAGGGUGUAAAUUCAGGGGAUCUGGAUCGAGCACUCCGUGAGUAUGAGGCGGAUAUGUUUGAGCGAGCACUAGACUCGAAGGGACGAACGAACAAAAAUAAGAAAGGUUUUUUUGCUAAAGACUUCCCUAAGUCUAUGGAAAGCAUCGGGCCGAAACAUGAAUAG